CCAAUAUUUUUGGAUCAUUUAUGAAAUUAUAAAAAAUAGACAAUCAUGUACACAAUCUAACAACUAAAAAACAUUUUAGAAGUUUCAACCUAUUUUAAAAACCAAUCAACCAGGUAAGCGCGCAGACAGUGAAUAAAAGUCAGAAAUCAUUACCAUUAGAAAAAAUGGUGAGCCACCAACCUCAAUUAUUAAGUUAAAAUAAACUGGCCCAAUCUAUUUGGAAAUGAAUGUUGUGGCUAUGUGACAUGAAUCCUUAGACUCCUAUAAAUAUAUGCUCUGGUGGCAAUUAGUACAUCUCACUUGUGUGAUUCAGCUCACAUUUUGUGCACUUUUGUGCGUCAUUUGGUCCAUCCACUCCUCUUUGUGUACUUUUCCAUCCCACUGCCACAAGCAAUCUCUCCAUUGUAAACCCAUUUUCCUAAUUCUCAUGGGAACCAGCAUUGGUUGUUCCUCUGAUCCUAAUGACUCUCAAGAUCUCCCUUGUUCUUAUGUUCCUGUACCCGAUGGCCCCCACUCCGCCAGAGCUCCGUCGACGGAGCCUCAUAGCCAGCUGAAGGGAGUGCUUUUGAUCUCAUGCGGGUUGCUCAUGCUAGUGCUAUUGGUGGCCUUCAAUGGCUACAGGGCCUCAAAUAGACAUGAAUAUGAUGAUGGGAAUGUGUCAUUGCCAACGUUAACAUCCAAUGAAGAAUUAUUAGCUUGGCCAACAUGGCAGCCUGUUCCACGUGGUGUAUCUGCAGGGGUCUCUGAGAAGUCCAAUAGGUUACUCAACUCCAACAUUAAUAAUAGGGAAUCAUAUCCUUGGAACAACAGCAUGCUGUCAUGGCAAAGAACAGCUUUCCAUUUCCAGCCUGAGAAGAAUUGGAUGAAUGAUCCUAAUGGUCCAAUGUACUACAAGGGAUGGUACCAUUUCUUCUACCAGUACAAUCCCAAGGGUGCAGUUUGGGGAGACAUCAUCGUUUGGGGACACGCCGUGUCAAGGGACUUGAUCCACUGGCUUCACCUUCCAGUGGCAAUGGUCGCCGACGAAUGGUACGACAAAAAUGGUGUGUGGACUGGCUCAGCCACCAUUUUACCCAAUGGUGAAGUGAUCAUGUUGUACACCGGUUCAACCAACGACUUGGUGCAGGUCCAGAACCUUGCCUACCCUGCAGACCCAUCUGAUCCCUUACUCAUUGAUUGGAUCAAAUACCCUGGAAACCCAGUUCUGUUCCCACCACCAGGUAUCGGUACCAAGGAUUUUCGUGACCCAACCACCGCUUGGCUCACCUCUGAAGGAAAAUGGCGCAUUUCCAUCGGCUCGAAGCUUAACAGAACUGGAAUCGCCUUGGUUUAUGACACAGAGGAUUUCAAGACAUUUGAGCGUGUUGAGGGAAUCCUUCAUGCUGUGCCUGGCACUGGCAUGUGGGAGUGUGUUGAUUUCUUCCCUGUUUCUUCUACUGUUGAAAAUGGCUUGGACACAUCAUUUAAUGGGGCUGGUGUGAAGCAUGCGAUGAAGGUUAGCCUAGAUGAUGAUAGACAUGAUUAUUACGCGCUGGGGAGUUAUGAUGAAAACAAUGUCAAGUUCACACCAGAUGAUUUCAAGAACGAUGUUGGUAUUGGAUUGAGGUAUGACUAUGGUGUCUUUUAUGCAUCCAAGACAUUUUAUGAUCAGAGGAAAAAAAGGAGAGUGCUGUGGAGUUGGAUUGGAGAGUCGGAUAGUGAACAUGCUGAUGUUGCCAAAGGUUGGGCAUCGGUUCAGGGUAUUCCAAGAACAGUGAUGCUUGAUAAAAAAACCGAUAGCAACUUGCUUCAAUGGCCUGUUGCAGAGGUGGAGAGUUUGAGAUUGAAAAGUGACAAGUUUGAGAAUCUAAAGGCGAAGCCAGGGACAGUGGUGCCCCUAGACAUUGCUACAGCCACACAGUUGGAUAUUGUGGCUGAGUUUGAGAUAGAUAAGGAGGCGUUGGAGAAGACAGCCCGAUCCAAUUUGGAGUACAAGUGCGAUAGCAGUGGUGGAUCAGCUGAACGUGGUGCCUUGGGACCUUUUGGUCUUCUGGUUUUAGCGGAUGAUGGUCUUUCUGAAUAUACUCCUGUCUACUUCUAUAUGGUUAAAGGAAGAGAUGGACAUCUCAAGACUUACUUCUGCUCUGAUCAAUCAAGGUCUUCUCUGGCGACUGAUGUUGAUAAGAAUAUCUUUGGAAGCUUUGUUCCAGUACUAAAAGAUGAAAAGAUGUCUAUAAGGAUAUUGGUGGACCAUUCUAUAGUGGAAAGCUUUGCUCAAGGUGGAAGGACGUGCGUGACAUCCCGGGUAUAUCCAACAAGGGCAAUGUAUGGAACCGCUCGAUUGAUGUUGUUCAAUAAUGCUACUGAGGCUACUGUGACUGCCUCACUAAAGGUUUGGCAGAUGAACUCUGCAUUCAUACGACCAUUCCACCCUGACCAGAGGACAUAAAUGGCAGGGAUAAGAGAAUUAGAAGAUUCAAUUACAUAACAUAGCUGAAAGAUGUUGCAUCGCCAACUGGUACUGCUCGCAUUUAAUCCAUGGCACCUUCUUAUCAAUCCACCUAAAGCUCUGGAUUUUGGAGCAAAAGCACACCGCUCCUUCAAUUUUGUCCAAAUCUUUUUCCAUUUGCAUGUGUCUAUUGUUAUGAAUUAAUUAUCCCAAAAGCUUAAGCUGUUAGGCAAAAGACACAUGAAUGAUUAUAUUUCAAAUACACCUCCUCACGCAAGAGCUCACUUGGGCUUUAAGCGAGAACA